AAAAAUUAGUCCAUUGUGGUAGAUCCAUUUGAUAUUUGGUUAAAUUAUUGCUCUGGCUAUAUAAGGCACACAUAAUGCAAGAAACAUUCUCCUCAGGGUGAAUAUCCACUACACGCAAAGCAAAACACACCUCCACAUUCACCCUUAGUCCUCACUCAACAAACAAAUUAGCCAUGAGCACCAAGGAGUGCUGCCACCACGACGAGGAGCGGCGUCAGCUCCCCCGCCGCGUAUUCGCCGCGAUCCUCGGCUUCAUCCUCCUCAUCCUCCUGGUGAUCUUCCUCAUCUGGAUCAUCCUCCGCCCCACCAAACCCCGCUUCAUCCUCCAAGACGCCACCGUCUACGCCUUCAACCUCUCCUCCACCGGCGACACCCCUUCCCCCAUUACCCCAACCCCCAACACCCUCACCCUCACCAUGCAGGUCACCCUCGCCGCCUUCAACCCCAACCACCGCAUCGGAGUUUACUACACCAAACUCGACGCCUACGCCGCCUACCGCGGCCAGCAGGUCUCCGUCGCCACCUCCCUCCCCGCCACCUACCAGGGCCACCGCGACACCUCCGUCUGGUCCCCCUACCUCUACGCCACCGCCGUCCCCGUCUCCCCCUUCACGCUCCAGAUCCUCCAGCAGGACAAAACCUCCGGAGGAAUUCUGGUCAACGUAAAAGUCAACGGAAGAGUCAAGUGGAAGGUCGGAACUUGGGUUUCCGGAAUUUACCAUAUUAAUGUCAACUGUCCGGCGUACCUCAGGCUCGCCGGCGACCGGGACGACGCCAUCGGAUUUGCCGGUCCGGCCGUGAAGUUUCAGCUCUUCCAAACAUGCAUUGUUGAUGUCUAGUUUAGUAAUUAUAUUCUCCAUAUACCAACAACUGAGAAGUUCUAAAGUCAGAGACAGACUCAAGAAAUUUCAGCAAUGCAUGAAGCCAUGAACAGUGAUAUCUAUGUGUAAACCAAGUAGUUUGCUUGCAUUGCUAUAGUUGUUAUAGUUCUUACUUUCUUUCUCUUAAUUAUUCUCAACCACCCUCUUCAUACAUAAUGCUCUCUUUUUUCUUUUUAUGUUUUUAAUUUCUUUUUUCGGAAGUAUUUUGGAUAAAGUCGAUAUCCUUCAGUUUAUAUAUAUGAAAAUGUUUUUGUUAUUUUUGUUCCUUA